CGACACGCCGCGCGCCUCGUGUCUAUCAAAGUACAUGUGUCGGCUGGGAAAGAAAGAAAAAUAAUAUUGACAAAAUAAUCCGGAACAAACAACUAAUUCCGUCUGGCACUGAGUCCACGAGGACAGUCGCCAAGGUGCGAAAGUCACCGUUUACUAUCAUAAGCACCGACGCUAGCUCAGGCGGUGCGCUGAUGUUACUGUGUUCAACGAACGUAUUCCUACCUACAUCUGCUACAGGAUGGAUCGCCUGAAGCGGAUUCGACUUACUGGGGAACAAGAUGCUGGAGCUAUUUUCACAACACUGGUCAGCGCUUUAAUUUUGGUGGCGGUAGCUCUCUGGGUGCGGAACACCCGGAAACACAAGCGAGCGACUGAGUUGUCGCCGCCGGGGCCCUGGGGACUUCCACUGCUGGGCUAUCUUCCUUUUCUACGAAGAAAGCAACACAUCUUCUUCAGAGACCUUUCUCGCAAAUACGGACCAGUUUUAAGUGUACGCCUCGGAGCUGUAAACGUGGUUAUACUCAACAGCUACCAAAGCAUCCGAGAAGGCUUUUCGAAGAAACAACUGUUGGCGAGAACAUCCAACAUUGUUCUUGAGCAAGCCGGAGUGUCAGGGCUUUUGACUCUAAAUGGCAAACCCUGGAUUGACAACAGAAAGUACUGCGUCCAGGCAAUCAACUCCCCAGCGUCUGGUCAAAGAGACAUGGAAGCGCAGGUUCAGGCGGAGAUCGGGUACCUCGCCGAAAAGAUUUCGGAGACCAAAGGGCGGCCGAUUCCCGUCGAACAAUACCUGCUUCCCAGCGUGUCGAAUAACGCUUCUGCUCUGGUGUUCGGACACCGGUACGAAUUCGACGACCCCAAGAGAAAGAUGCUGGAUGGCAUACUCGGUGACAGCAUGAGGUGUCUUGCCGCUGGUGCGCUCAUAACCUUUGUGCCCAGGGGCUUGAGAACUCUUUCCACCUUGUACUUCACUAGAUUCGGCGCUUUGAAAGAGCUCGUUCGGAAGCUGAAGCAGUUCGUUUGUCACGAGCAGGUCUUAGAAGAUGUUCAUCGAGAAUCACGAGAGAGGAACUUCAUCGACGGGUAUUUGCGGCUCAUUUCUGAACACAAGGAGGAUCCGGAUACGAGCUUUAACAUGCCCAACCUGGUCGGGAACGUCCUCACGGUUUUCGCUGCCGCAUCUCAGACGACUCAUAUCACCGUCCUCUGGAGUCUUCUAAACAUGGCUGACAAGGCGGACACUGUGCAACGAAAAGUGCAGGAAGAAAUCGACAGAGUGACUAGGUGUAGCAGGGCCGCCGCUUGGUCGGACCGCCAUGACAUGCCCUAUACCAUGGCCACCGUUUGGGAGAUGUACCGAUGGAGGACCGUCGUUCUGAUGGGAGUUCCGAGGGAAGCGGAUGAAGACGUCAUUGUCCAGGGUUACCUGAUUCCUUCCGGCACGGUGGUGAUGGCUAAUCUCUGGGCAGUCCACAUGGACCCCGACCUCUGGGAGGCGCCCGAGGAGUUUCGACCAGAGAGGUUCCUCAGUAAGGACGGAUCGAGGCUCAUCGACAAACCAGACUGGCUGGUGCCCUUUUCAGUGGGAAAAAGAAUGUGCCCAGCAGAGAACCUUGCCAACUUAGAGGUCUUCCUCUAUCUAACGAGGUUGCUUCAAAAGUUCACGGUCCUUCCGGAGGAUGGCACGACCAUCGAUCUCAACUACGACACCGAAGGAUUUUGCAUACCAAAGUCACAACGUCUUCGGUUCAUUCCAAGAAAUGGCAGCAUUAAGCCUAAGGCACCAAACCGCGUUCAAGAAGAAGUGCCAUCUCGUCCAAACGAAAACGGUGCUGUUUAUUGAGAAGUUUGAUAUAUCAGCAAAAUGUCUGCAGCCCCAGGGUUCAGUAGCAUUGUCGGAAUCUUGGAAG